CGGAGCCAAAUUUGAAGGGAGAAAAGAAGAUUCUGUGGUCGCUUGCUGCGGCCCAGGUUUGGAGACCACGGGCCCCGAGUCGCCUUCCCUUGUCCCCAGACCCGCUGGAGUUAGGCCCCGGGCCCUGCUGACGGGCUCCCCGAGCAGAGGCACCAAGAGCCGGGAUGCCGAUACGUGCGCUCUGCACCAUCUGCUCGGACUUCUUUGACCACUCCCGGGAUGUGGCCGCCAUCCACUGCGGGCACACCUUCCACCUGGCGUGCCUCAUUAAAUGGUUUGACAGUGCUCCAAGUCGUACAUGUCCACAAUGUCGGAUCCAGGUUGGCAAAAGAUCCAUUAUCAAUAAGCUGUUCUUUGACCUUGCUCAGGAAGAGGAAACAGGCUUGGAUGCAGAGACCUUAAAGAAUGAACUGGAUAAGACUAGAGCCCAGCUAUCCUUAAAAGUAAAAGAGAAGAAAGAUUGCCAGUCCAUCAUUGACUCUUUGCGAGAAGUAUUAGAUGUGCGAAAUGUUACCAUAGAGUCACUGCAAAAGGCCCUGGGCGAGUCAGAAAUGCUGUGUUCAACUUUCAAGAAACAGAUUAAGUACUUGGAGCAGCAGCAGGAUGAGACCAGGAAUAUGAAAGAGGAGACAUGCCGCCUGAGGAACAAAAUGAAGAGCAUGGAACGGCUCGAGAUCCUGCUCCAGAGCCAGCGCCCAGAGGUGGAACAGAUGAUUCGGGACAUGGGAGCAGGCCAGUCAGCCAUGGAACAACUGGCUGUAUACUGUGUGUCACUCAAGAAAGAAUAUGAAAAUCUCAAAGAGGCCCGGAAGGCCUCAGGUGAACUGGCAGAUAAGCUGAGGAAGGAUUUGCUUUCUUCUAAUAACAAGUUACAAAAGGCACUCUCUGAGCUUGAUAAUAUCAAGGAGGAACUGAAAUCAACCCAGAAGGAUUUACAGAAUGCAGACAAGGAAAUCACGAGCUUAAAGAAGAAGCUGACGAUCCUACAGGGGACCCUGAACCUGCCAUCCCACACCAAUGAGACCCUCAGUCGGCUUGUGUUAGAGAGCCCAGCUCCUGUGGAAAUGCUGAGCCUAAAGUUGCGCCAGCCAGCCCGUGGUGAGGAUAUUGAUCUGAAUGCCUCUUUUGAUGUGGACACGCCCCCAGCCCAGCCCCACAGCUCCAAGCUAGUCCCAGCUAAGAAGCUCUGCCUGGAGCAGUCAAGCUCUCUGACUCCUGGCAUCUCCAGAAAAGACAACAAAGACCUCACGAAGAUGAAUGGCCUUUCCCUUGGGGGUCAGCAUUGGGCUGGAGAACAAGAUGAUGAGCUGGUGGGGAACUUUCCCUCAUUCAUUCGGAAUGCUGUCCUGGGCAAGAAGAGGCCCCUAGGCAACCUGGGGGACCCAUGCAGGAAUAGUGGAACUGUAAGAACAGGAUUUGAUGGGCUUGGAGGACGGAGCAAGUAUAUUCAACCUACUGACCCCUCUGUCAUCCGUCCACUGCCUGUAAAGCCAAAGCCCAGGCACAAGGUGGUGUCAAGGAAAGCAGCCCCCUCGGUCCAGGCUAGGUUGGAUACUUUCCUGAGAUAACCUGGAGGCCCUUGGGGCCAGAGCAUACAAGAAAAGGCCACUGGGCAUUCUCCCUUUCUCUCCAGGCUUCUGAGAGACAGGGUUGGCUGUUGGCGUGGGAUGCAUGGGAGCAGGAGUGGGGAGCAGCUCCAGUAAGUCCUGCAGCCCACUGGGUGGAGACACUACCGAUGCUAAGUACAGCAUCUGCCCUCACUGGGUGCCACCUGUUGGGGUGUCCCAGAGAGCCACCCAGGGCACUUACUGCUCAAGGUCCCCCAUGGGGACUCCUCCUGCACACUCUGGAGCUGAGAGCUGCCCUCAUCAUGGCAUGUGCAGCCAGCUCCGGCCAUACCUGUGGUGGCUUAUGAGUGAGGACCAGCGGCAGGGGCCGUAAGCAGCAAAGUCCCCAUAGAUGGCUCCCUUCCUUUCCUAUGUUGCCUGUUCUUGCCUUCUAGGUUCAGCAGGGCCCAGGCAGCUUAGACUGUGGUACAUUUUAACUCCUCCAUUGCUCAGGGCCUUGAUUCUCUUACCUCACCGAACCCCCACCCCCCCGCACCCCCGCCUCACUCCUGCACCCAGAUAUCUCCUUGAUAUGCAGAUUUUCCUCUUUGUGACCAGAAUGGAGCCCAGAGCCUAGCCCUGGUCUCCCUAGGGCCCUCAGGGUCCAAUCCCUUCUGCCCCUUUACCCAGCCCAGACCCCACUGGCAGACACUGUGCCUUUGUGAUUCCUGCUGUCCUGGUUGGCCUGGAGAGGAGUGAAGGAGUGAAGCAAGGCCUGCCUGCUUUCUCGUGAAGGUGAUGGGCCGGUGUGGAGCUGGGCAUGCUGUGGAGUGUCAUGGGCUGUGCCUAGUGUUCUUGUGAGGAUCCCUGUAAAAUAAA